AUGCUUCCUCCUAUCCCUAUUCCCGCAGACUACGGCGUCUCGCCAGACUCUGGCUUCCUUCCUUCCGAGCCCCCUCUCGAGCAGUUACCUGAUCCCUACUACUCCAAGUGGGAAUGGAUAGCCUCCAAUAUCCAGGGCCUUUUGCUGAGCAGGAGGAUACGCGGAGUUGUUGAUACUAUGCCUUCGCUCUCAACGUCAUAUCUUCAGACGGAACCAGAGUGGAUGAGAGCAUACUCUAUUUUGGGGUUCAUUCUUCAUGGCUACGUAUGGGCUGGUCCCAUGCCAGCAGAGAGAAUACCACCUCAGCUGACCGUUCCCCUCCUCCAAGUUUGUGACCACCUUGAGCUACCCCCCGUAGCAUCAUACGCAGGCCUAGUCCUCUGGAACUUCAAGCCAAUCUUUCAAGAUGAGCCUCUGGGCGACCUGGAUAACCUAGCCUGCAUCAACACACUCACCGGCUCGUUGGACGAGCAAUGGUUCUACCUCAUCUCCGUUGCCAUUGAAGCCCGCGGUGGCCCCGCUAUCUCAUUAGUACUGCAAGCAAUCGCCGGUGCUCGGGUUGGAAACACCCUCGUCGUGACGAAAUGCUUGCAGGCGCUAGCAGAAAUGAUAGACGAGAUUGGAACUUUACUGGAAAGGAUGUACGAGCAUUGCGACCCUUAUGUGUUCUACAACCGCAUCAGACCGUAUCUAGCAGGGAGCAAGAACAUGGCUGAUGCGGGCCUUCCCAAUGGCCUGCUGUACGACGAUGGGAAGAACCCCGAAUACCGUCAGUACGGAGGUGGGAGUAACGCUCAGAGCUCAUUGAUCCAAUUCAUCGACAUUGCCUUGGGCGUCGAGCACCGACCCACAGGAGAGACCCGUGCUGCGCCCUCUGAGGAACAAGGGGUUCCAGCAGCGCCUCGCCACGGCUUCAUCCAGGAGAUGCGUUCCUACAUGCCAGGCUCCCACCGGCGGUUCUUAGAACACACCAGCGCCGUCGCAAAUAUCCGCGAAUACGUCGAAGCUCGCAAGUCCGACAAAGCCUUGUCUUUGGCAUAUGACGCGUGCCUGUCGAUGCUCCGAUCAAUGAGAACUAAACACAUCCAGAUGGUCUCACGAUACAUCAUCAACCCGUCCCAAAAUGCACGGGGCCGGCCCACAACAACCCUGAACCUCGCCACCGCCAGGAACAACGAGAAGCCCGACGGCAGCAAACUACGUGGGACAGGCGGCACCGCACUGAUCCCAUUUCUCAAGCAGGCUCGAGACGAGACGGGCGAGCCCGCGGUCGACGCCUGGGCGCGGAGAUUACUGACGACUGGGUCUGUGGAACCAGGGUUUGCGUCGCUCAGUAAAUUGGGCGAGCAUCCUGAUGGACACCUGCAGGUGGUUGGUCUAUCGGGGACGUGGGCUGCAGACGAUAGCGAGGGCGGAAUAUGUCAUUGGUAG